GUUUGUGUUUGUAGCUACUAUCAAAUUUGAUUUUUGUAGCGAAACAAGAAAAAAUAACACAAGAUUUUAAAAAAUUUCGGGGUAUAUGCUGAGAAUCUAAAAGCUACUUUGGCAUUCACCGGAGAUGAUUAUAACACGCCACGUGGCGUAUGUAAGAAACUCCCCUCGUCGUAUAUACAAAAAAAAAAGACUGAAUUUUUUAAUAAUUUUUCUCUCAUUUCCUUAAAAAAAAAUCUGAACUAUCCAAAAUUGCUUCACUGUUCUCGCGGUUCUCUACUCAUCAAAUUUUUCUUCUUGAGAGUUCUUUUCUUCUGUUCAUCAUCAAAGAAAAAAAACCCUUAACUUUGGAGGCUUUUCUUUCCCAUUUUGAAGUCUCGAAUUCAUCUAAUUUUCAGAGAAGGUCGCCUCUGGAUUGCUUUGUUUAUGAUCUGUUCAAGUGGGAGAACGAUCGUAAUAGCUACCGGAAACUCAUUACCAUUCCAAGAAUCUUCCGGAGACGGGAUUCGAAUUCAUCUCCCGAUCAAUGUCGCAGCUCGUCGACGAUCACCAAUGAGAUCAAUCUCCUCGCCGUUGGUUCUGACACCUGGCACCAGCGCUCUCUUCUCCACGCGGGAGCUUAACCGCUUCGUUACAGUCACCCAAACGAAAGAGGAUAAACAGAGGAAGGGGAAAGUUUGCGUCUCGCCGAGGAAGAGGAGCAUCGUCUGCUGCAUUUCGCCGUCACCGACGCCGCAGCCGACGAAGACGGUGGUUGUUGAUGAUGAAGUGGCGGUUAGACGGGGUUUGGCAAUGCGGCGGGUUUUGGAGGAUAACGGCGGCGACGGAAGCUCCGUUAGAGACUUCUCCUUCUUCACGACUGAGAGAGGUGACACUUUGUUCACUCAGUCGUGGACACGUGUUGGCUCCGUUAAGAACAGGGGGAUUGUUGUUCUGCUCCACGGUCUGAACGAACACAGUGGAAGGUAUAAUGACUUUGCUAAGCAGCUAAAUGUUAAUGGAUUCAAGGUCUAUGGAUUAGACUGGAUCGGUCAUGGUGGAAGCGAUGGCCUUCAUGCUUAUGUCCCUUCUCUUGAUUAUGCUGUCACUGAUUUGAGCUCGUUUCUCGAGAAGGUGAUUGCAGAAAACCCUGGACUGCCCUGUUUUUGCGUUGGUCACUCAACAGGAGGAGCCAUCAUCUUAAAGGCUAUGCUAGACCCCAAGAUCGAAGCUCGAGUUUCAGGGAUUGUGUUAACUUCACCCGCCGUUGGAGUCCAACCAUCUCAUCCCAUCUUUGGUGUAAUUGCACCAUUCCUCGCGUUCCUCAUCCCAAGAUACCAGUUGAGUGCUGCUAAAAAGAAAAUAAUGCCCGUUUCUCGUGACCCGGAAGCUCUCCUGGCGAAAUACUCCGACCCGUUAGUCUACACCGGGUUUAUCAGAGCAAGAACCGGUUACGAGAUCCUUAGACUCGGUUCCCAUUUGCUGGAGAACCUGAAUAGAAUCAAGGUCCCGUUCCUUGUGCUUCACGGCACUGCUGAUACGGUUACUGAUCCUAAAGCUACUCAGAGACUGUACGAUGAAGCUUCCUCGUCCGACAAGUCGAUCAAGCUGUUUGAUGGGUUGUUGCAUGAUCUGCUCUUUGAACCGGAACGGGGAAUUAUCGCUGGUGUCAUAUUGGAUUGGCUAAACCGGCGGGUUUAAAUGUCUCAAAACCAAAUGUAGUAGUUGUAUUUAUCACGUAAUUUAUAUACGAUUGUGUAAGUAUUUUUAUUAAAACCGUGUUUAGAAUUUAAUUCUCAAGAAAAUAAAAAAAAUUAUAGAUUA